AUGUCGACGAACGAGCACUUAGACCCGGCUUGGGUCGCCGACAAUAGGGGGCCGUGGGCCCUUGGAGUGGUCAUAUGUGUUUCGGUCAUCAGCACUAUUUUCGUAGCAGCAAGACUUUUCACAAGAGCGAAGAUAAUGGGGAGAGUUUGUCUAGAUGACUAUCUUAUCAUUGUGUCUGCGAUCUGCGGUUGGAUAAACGUCGCAACCGCAGCUGUUGCUGUAUCUUAUGGUUAUGGGCGCCAUGUCGACACACUUUCUCCCGAACAGCGAUCCGGUGCUAAACUUUGGAGCAUCGCCGGUUACCCGCCUGGCCUCCUGUCGUUCGGCAUACCGAAGCUCGCCGUAGUCGCCUUGCUUACUCGAAUCAUGAAUCCCAGCAGAGGGCAAAAGAUUUUUCUUUGGGGUAUGGCAUCGCUAUGUGUGGCUAACCUGGUUGGGUUUAUUGCCAUCAUCUUUGGCCAGUGCUAUCCUGCAAGAUCGCAAUGGGACCCCUCGGUACCUGGGACGUGUUGGGAUAAAUCGGUUCUCGUGUCUUUUGCUACGUACUCGGGAGCCUUUUGUGCCUUUGCCGACAUUUAUCUUUCCGUAUAUCCUGCCGUGGUGCUGUCGAAACUCCAAAUGAACAUUAGAAAAAAGGUGGCGUUGAGCAUUGCGCUCGGCCUGGGAUCGCUAUCGUCGAUUGUUGUCAUUUACAAAUGCACUAAGCUGGGAAACCUUGCCAGCUCAGAUUAUACGUAUGAUACAGUUGAACUAGUGAUUUACACAGUUGUCGAAGGCAGCAUGAUCAUCAUAGCCGCAUGCAUUCCCGUUCUCCAGCCACUAUGUGAACUCUUGUUUGGCAAACGCAUCUUCUCUGGCGGCAGAAACACCUACGCAAACUACAGGUCAAGAGUGAGCAGCAGGUGGAGGUCUACCAUGGAUCUCUCCCGCUCUUUCGGCAGAAAGAGUGCCCAACCAAAAUCCGACACAGAUACCCUCAACUCCAUAGUGCAAGCGACAGGGACAAGAGGAAGCCAGGAGAGCAUCUUGGAGAAACACGCCCCUGGUGGAAACAUUGUUAGGACAGACGUGUUUACCGUUACUGUCGAAUCGAAACAGACUUGA